AUGAGUUUGAAAAUAGCCGUGAAUGUGCCCUUAUUUGCCGAUAAAUACUUCAGUGAAACAAUUUCGCCGAUCACGCUCUCCUUAACUGAGCCACCGAUCGUUGUUCAAGCGCAGCUGCUCACUUCAGACGUCGACCUGGCUGUAGACGAGGUUUGCGAUAGUCCAUUGGUGCUUGCACCAGCCGAUCCCAAGAAUGUUUCAACGCAAAAAAUUGUAGAAAAGGCCGUCGGUGAGGAUGUUGUAAAAGCGCAGCCAAAUUUCGGUGAGAAGAUGCCUGUUCGAACGCUGUUUUGUCGGAAAUGUGAAGGUCACGGAAAGCAAGUGGUUUUAAAAGGUCACGCCAGCAAAUGCCCCUACAACAAUUGCAGUUGUAAAACAUGUGCCAAUGUAAUGUCAAUGCGUGCAAAUGCGAUUAUUCGGCGGUAUCGAUCGCGAACCUCUGAAUGCGGUCUGGUGUUGAAACCCGUUCAUUUCCGAAACGGUAACACAAGACUUCGAGUAUUCCCAAAAUAUAUUGACGACAAGGAAUGUGUGUCGAUUCCUGUUGAACCCAGUUGUGAACGCAUGGACGUAUGUCAUCGUAUGCAAAUGAGUCCAAACUUACACCAGGGUACCACAAACAUUAUAGACCAAUCACAAGCCACAGCCACAGAGUGCACCUCAUCACCACCAAUCAAAACACUCAGUAACACACCUUCAAGCAACUGUUCGGGAGCAGUGCGAAUCAAACGACAUAGUAGAGAGGGCAUUGAGCAUCACAAUAAGCGUGUUGAAUCGAAAUCGCCAUCUGCUGAAAUGGCACCGAUUGAAUUGACAAGUACAACGAGCAGUAAUAAUGAUACAAUUAGUAACAAUUAUCGUAAUAGUAAUAGCAAUAACAGUGACAAUGCUAAUAGUGAUACGAAUUCCGAUAACAACAAUGCUAACAGCAGUACAUGUGAGAUGAGCUCACCACUGCAGCAUAGUGCAUUUCUGGAUGCGUCAUCAUUUUCCAGCACAAGCAAUCCAUUCGUUUCACUCUUGCUUGGAUCAGCCCAGCUACCCGUCACCACUCCGGACAACCAAGUUGGUUUACUGUCCCAGGGUAUAUUUUUACCGAGUGUUGCCGAUGAGCAUUUGCGGUGGCCGAACGGUGUAGCAGCCUUUUCGUCGGUGCCGUUCUUCCAUCAACAAGCCAAGUCAAUGAUAAGCUCAAGUCAUACCCCGACUUCACCAAUCACUGCUAGCACAAACAAUACAUCAACAGGCACACUACCCGACGCCGAUCUGCUGGCCAAGUUGAUUCGCAAUUCAACGCUUCUGAACGCUACCUCAAGCACGCAACAGCUCUUCAGUCGUCACACUGUCAACACUUCAACGCGAUCUUCGACGCUUGCAGAUGACAACAAAACCGAUCUAUGCAAAAGCAAUAAACUUACCACUGAUCCUCAUCUGAGCAAUAAUCUGUUUGCAACGCAGCCAUCGUUCUAUUCAACACCGUUCCCACCGAACGCGUUCAAUUCACUGCAACUACCGUAUGCAUCGCCUGCGUCCUACUGUUGUGCGCCUGCAGAUCGUUUCUACAAUAUACCAACGCAAGGCAUCAUUGCGCCUUGGAUAGCACAACCAUCAACACUCACUCAUCCACAUCCGUCCAAUCAAGCCGCGUUCCUGCAUCCUCACGCUCACCACCACCAUCUGAGCCUGGAUCAGGAACAGUCUCAGCACCUCAACGCCAGCACCAUCGGCAAUCACGCUUCACUAAUCUCCACAUCUCACUUAUAUCCCAAUGAUGCACACUCCAAGUUGGGAUCACAAUCUGAUGGCGCACAAAAAUCACGUAAAGAAACGUCUGAAAUCGAGAAUAUUGUUGUAGAUUCAAUAGAGUACGAUGAGGAUGGCAUCGACAAUGAUGCUGAUCUUAAUAAUGAUCGAGUGAAACGAAUCGAAUCAGCUGCAAACGAAUCCUCUGCGCCUAUUAGUUCAUGUGCACGUCAACCGAAUACGCAGGUCACAGCCGAAGAAACAAAUCAAACAAAUGGUGAUGAAACCGCAUCUGAAGGUGAUAAUCAUAACACCAGCAGCAAUGGCAAUAAACCAAUGGAUAUUAACGUCGACGAGUUGUUUCCCCGCACACUGAAACUCACCAAUGAAGGUCGCUCUCGGCUUUUGCUAAACAAUCCGAGAUAUCGUCAUUUCUUAGCUACUGUUCGUAAACUUGAAAAUGAAAUGUUGAAUGCAGAAGACAUCGAAACAUUGUGA